GUUCUUGUCUGCUGUGCUACAUCACAGGGUGGGCUGGACCAACGCCAGAAAUAACCAGCUAAAUAAAACGUGUACCAAACCAAACAAAUUAUUAAAAAUGAAAGAGGAUAUUUGAACAAGAGCUGCUCGUCCGACCAUUGGAUUGCAGAUACGGGGGUAGCUGACGCCGGCCUAGACCUACGAGUUUAACCUCAUUCAUGAAGGUGAUAUUCACCAGCUCAAGCUUAGAGUGGGCCCAUGCCAAAGAGUUAUUUAUAGGAGGUUAAAACGCCAUGACGUCACACCACAACAAAUUCUAAAAGCGAACCUUUUUAACUCGAGUUCGUCAAUUCGGGCGUGACCUACUUAAAAGUUUUAUAUAACAAUUGUGAAACUGCUGAAUCAUUUCUUACACAAAGUUAAGGAUUGUCGAGUGAACGACAUGACAGGAUGCAGACGUUCUUAGUCUUGUUUCUCUUCACAGCUAAUGUAAUGUUAUGUUGACACAUGUGUAGUUGUGAUGCAAUAAUCAACACACACUAAAUACAAUUCAGAUGGGGUUUCUCCUGCAGCUAAGACUUCUGUUAUGGAAGAAUUUUGUUCUUCGGAAAAGACAACCGUUCCGUGUUGUUGUCGAGAUUGUCUGGCCCCUAACGUUGUUCCUCAUCCUGGUGGCUGUCAGGUUCAGACCGGAUGUUCGAGUCAACAUUGGAGAAUGUCACUACACGGCUCGUGCUAUGCCAUCAGCGGGAACUCUGGCAUUUCUCUCCUCCUAUGUCUGUAAUUUCAACAAUGAUUGCAACAACAACUCAGCUUCUGCUGACAGGUUCCAGUUCAACAGAAUAAACGGCUCGCUGCUAGUCAGAGUUAUCGAUGACCUAGAAAUCCUGUUGUCCAACAAAAACAGCCAAAAUUUGUUAGCAAACCUUGGAGCAGAUGUGCAACUUUUAUAUGAUUUGAGGACAGCUAUUAUAAACGGAACUACAGACUUAGGGAACAUUUCAUUGAAGUUGAUGAAUGUAGUGGUAGAUAGGGAAGGUCUGUUGAAUAAUAUUUCCAAAUUAAACAUCGGUCUUACUAGCAGCGCUGUUGAAACACUUCUAAGUGUUUCAAUUGAUCCAAAAAAGGUAACAUCAGCAUUAACUGACUCAAACCGAACAAACCUAGACAACCUAAUUACUGUGGUUAAUGAUUUAAUCCAACUUGGUAACAACAUAUCUGCAGACAAUGAUUAUGCCAGUUCCAUUUUCAACAUCACAUGCAGUGAUAAGAAUCUAUGGCAGUAUCUGGAGUUUAAAAACAAAACUGAUGCAGAUUCACUUUAUGAACAGCUUUGUAGCCUUAGUCCAGAAAAUGUUACCGCCCUAGCAGAGAUUUUAAACGGGGCUAUUAAUAGAACUGAAGUGAUGAGUGAGCUGCAAGAUAUAAUGAGAAAUGUGACUGGUAGGAUACCUAGUUUAAAUCUGGAUACAAUUGUUGGAUUCAUAACAGAUCUCAAUGAGUUGUCUAGUUUUGGAUACCUGCUAUCAGAUCUUUCUGCUGCUACUGAUCAAACAGUAAUGGCAUCCUCAAACUUUAGCUUAACCAAUGGAAGCAUACAAGAUAUUUUAGGUCGUUUCAUUUGUGGUGGUGGGAAAAAAAUCCUGAGCCAAGAUGAUCCAAAAAAGUUAAAUGAUACAUCUCAAAAGAAAGAAUCAGACACACAAAAGACAAAAAGAGAAAUUGGGUUGAAAGUAGUUCAAAAAAAUUAUGAAAGUGCUGGAAUAUCUCCUGAAUGUGCAGGAUUUUUAGCAAGCAUUGAAACUGACGCAAAUUUCAAAGUUAUUUGGAACCAGAUAAAACCUAUAGCACUUGGUGUGAUCACCUACACCCCUGAUACAAUUGCAACUAGAAAAAUAAUCAAAGAGGCCUCUAGAACAUUUGAUAACAUAGAGAGUAUGCUGAACUUAACAUCUGAUUUAGAAGCCAUACUCCCUCAAAUAGGAAAAUUUCUCAAGGAGGAUAUAGAGCCAAUAAGGAUGUUUGUUGGCAGUCAAACUUGUAAAAAUGUCGUCCACACACUGAAACAACUGGUGAAAUACAACAACAUUCCUAGUGUUUUGCCACCUUAUUUUCCACCAUCACUUUUUGAAACUUUCAAUGAAUCCAUUUGUGAUACAGCAGCAAACUUCCUGGCCACAAAUGGCUUAAAUUACACAUAUGACUGGACAGAUGCAUUUAACAAUACAUAUGAGCUGUUGAGACAAAUAAACCCAUAUUUAAAGUGUUUUCGUUUGGAUAAAUUUGUUGGUUAUCCAGAUACAAGAUCAUUAGAAGAGGCAAGUUUGUUGCACAUAGCCAAUAAAACAUUUUGGGCAGCCAUUGUUUUUGAAAAUGUUGAUAAAAACAGUGAGAAAAUACCCUCAAUGGUCAAAUACAAAAUCCGCAUGGAUACUGAUAAUGUAGAUGGUACAAAGAAAAUAAUGGACAAGUACUGGAGACCAGGAAAUCGUGCUGGCCUUAUUGAUUUAAAGUACUGGAUCUAUGGAUUUAUUUACAUUCAAGACAUGAUUGAUCAUGCCAUCAUAAGAUUACACACCAAUGUCACACAAGAACCUGGAGUUUAUACCAAGCAAACACCAUAUGGUUGCUACAUCUAUGAUAAAUUUGUUUUUGCUAUAUCUCGAAGUCUUCCCUUAUUCAUGGUAAUUGCAUGGAUCUAUACAGUGGCAAUGAUAAUAAAAGGUGUUGUUUAUGAAAAAGAGAAGAGACUAAAAGAAGUGAUGAAAAUUAUGGGACUUAGCAAUGGAGUCCACUGGCUGGCAUGGUUCAUAACUUCAUUUGUUAUGAUGCUCAUUACAGUUAUAUUGUUUGUUAUUGUUCUAAAGGCAGGAAAAAUAUUGGAAUAUUCCGAUCCUUCUGUGAUACUUGUCUUCAUGAUAGGCUUCACAUGUUCAACUAUUAGCCAGUGUUUUCUUAUAUCUGUUUUUUUUAACAAAGCCAACCUGGCAGCUGUUUGUGGGGGUUUCAUCUAUUUUGUAUUGUAUCUGCCCUACACCCAGCUGGUGCAGUUUGAAGAUGUCAUCACCACUAGUGAAAGAAUCUUAGCUAGCCUUUCCUCUAACAUUGCCAUGGGUUAUGCAUGCAGCUAUUUUUCUCAAUAUGAAGAGCAAGCAAUAGGAGCACAGUGGCACAAUAUUAGAGAGAGUCCAAUGGUGGAUGAUACCUUCAAUCUUAAAACCUGUAUUGGCAUGCUAUAUUUAGACUCUGUCAUUUACCUCUUCCUCACCUGGUACAUUGAGGCUGUUUUUCCUGGUGAAUAUGGGAUUCCAAGGAAAUGGUAUUUCCUCAUACAAAAGUCGUAUUGGCUUGGGACCAAGGGAAAUAUUGCUCCUAGAGUUGAUGCUGAAAUAUCUGUUGAAGAUAUUGGAAAUAGCAAUGACAAUUUUGAAAAAGACCCAACUGGUCGUCCCAUAGGGGUGGCAGUAAAAAACUUGCGUAAAAUUUACAACAAAGGAGACAAGAUUGCUGUAGAUGGACUUACUCUUAAUUUCUACGAAGGUCAGAUCACCUCAUUUCUUGGCCACAAUGGUGCGGGUAAAACAACAACCAUGUCAAUCUUAACUGGACUUUUUCCACCAACAUCUGGGACAGCUUACAUUUAUGGACACAACAUUUUGACAGAUUUAGAUGAAAUUAGGAGUGGACUUGGCAUGUGCCCACAACAUAAUGUGCUCUUUGACCUACUGACAGUUGAAGAGCACAUCUGGUUUUAUGCUCGCCUUAAAGGAAGAAGUGCCAUAGAAGUGAAAAAAGAGACGGAAGAAAUGAUUAAAGAUGUUGGCCUUCCUAAUAAAAGAAAGGAAAAAGCUGAAAAUUUGUCUGGUGGAAUGAAACGUAAACUUUCUGUGGCAAUUGCAUUUGUUGGGGGCUCUAAAACAGUUAUUCUUGAUGAACCAACUGCAGGUGUUGAUCCUUAUGCUCGCAGAGCCAUCUGGGAGUUGUUGCUUAAGUUUCGCAAAGGUCGUACAAUCAUCUUGUCCACUCACCAUAUGGAUGAAGCUGAUGUACUAGGUGACAGAAUAGCAAUCAUUUCUCAAGGAAAACUUUGUACUGUUGGCACCAGUUUGUUUUUAAAAAACAAAUUUGGAAGUGGAUACUAUUUGACUUUAGUCCGGCAAGAAGUGGAUGCCAUUCCACCCAAUGGCUCCUCCAGACCUUCUACGGCUACUAGUAUAAGAACAGUAGUGGAUGUUCAGCCCAUUAUGCUUACUGAAGAAGAUGAUGAAGGCUAUGAUGCUCUGGAUUCAUCUAGUGAUGAUGUACCAAUUCCCUUACCUCCUUUAAAGUCAAAGACAAUGGUGCCUGGCUUCAACCUGCCUCGCCUGAUAGUCUAUGUGCAAAGAUUUGUUCCUGGUGCUGUGCUGGUUGAAGAUAACAGUAUGGAAGUUUGUUUCCGUCUGCCAGAGGGGGAAGAUCACGCAAGGAAGUUUCAAGAACUAUUUGCGGCACUAGAGCUCUCUCACCAGGAACUUGGGAUUUCAAGCUAUGGAAUUUCUGAUACAAGUUUAGAAGAGGUGUUCCUUAAAGUAGCAGAAGAGAAUGGUGAUGGUGUUGACUCCAAUGAGACAUCAAGAUCAAAACUUACUGAGAUGAAAGAAGAUGGCAGAUAUCCAAAACCAACUAUUAGAAGUAGACUUAAAGGAAAAUUGCAAACAAGUGUUUUUCAACUGAAUUACAGAAAUCGUGUGAAUUCAACAGAGAGGCUGACAGCUGAUGUUGAUGAUGAAGAAUCCUUAGCUCAAGAUGUUGUAGAGACAUUUUCUGAUGUGAACUUUAGUGGUGCAGGAGAGGUCAAGGUUACUGGUCAAAAGCUGAUCCUUAGACAAAUGAUUGCACUUUUCCUUAAACGUCUUCAUCAUGUCCGUCGUAGUAAAAAAGGUUUCAUAAGUGAGAUAAUUCUUCCAGCUGCAUUUGUCUGUCUGGCCAUGGUGUUUUCAUUGAUACUCCCAUCUUUUUCUGAACAACCACCUCUAGAGCUUCAACCCUGGAUGUAUGAACCAAAGAAAGGAGACAACUUUUUAUAUACCUUCUACAGCAAUGAAGAGCCGAAUAAUCCAUUGACUUCUGAACUGGAAUAUAAUCUCCUCCAUGAGCCAUUCUAUGGAACAAGAUGCAUGAACUCAAGCAUUUACACAAUAAGUGGUAAAUCUUGUUUGCAAGCAUCUAAGAUGGAGUGGACUGCAAAGCAAUCACCUGCAAAUACUAAUGAUAGCCCUACAUGCUCUUGUGAAACAGGUUUUCAGAUCUGUCCAGAAGGAGCUGGAGGUCCAGAGCCACCAAAAAUAAAAUUGUGGACAAAUGAUCGGCUUUAUAACACGACAAAUCGGAAUCUGUCUGAUUGGCUGGUGAAAACCUACAGCAAAUACCAGAAAAGAAGAUAUGGCGGUUACAGUUUUGGUGAUGCUAAUGCAGUGAAGCCCCUUGGUGCUGGCCAGAUUUCUACUGCCAUUAACAACCUAAUUCGCACAGCCAACAACAACAGAUCUAUAUUUUUUGGGAAUAUUCAACUAUUAGAAGAUCUUGAAAACAGUCUGAUAAAUGCUUUUGUUCCAGACACUACUACGGUUUGGUUCAAUAAUAAAGGAUGGGCAGCAUCUGUAUCUUACAUGAAUGCCUUAAACAAUCUCCUGCUGCGAACAUUACUCCCUGACAGUCAAGACCCUAAAGAGUAUGGUAUUGUUACGAUUAAUCAUCCCAUGAACUUGACAAAAGAGCAGUUCAAUGAAGAAACACUAUACAACAGUGCAGUGAAUGUUGUUGUAGCAAUAUGUGUCAUAUUUGCCAUGUCCUUUGUGCCUGCCAGUUUUGUACUUUUCCUAAUUGAAGAGCGUGUGUCCAACAGCAAACAUUUGCAGUUUGUAUCAGGAAUCAAACCAACUGUCUACUGGCUGGCCAACUGGGCUUGGGAUAUGAUAAAUUAUGCCAUUCCAGCACUAUUAUGUGUCUUCAUAUUUCUAGCAUUUGGCAAAGAUGCUUAUGUUUCAGCCAAAAACUUGCCUUGCUUGUUUGCUCUUCUGUUUUUGUACGGCUGGGCCAUUACACCAAUGAUGUACCCAUUCUCCCGUUUGUUUGAUGUUCCCAGUUCAGCUUUUGUUGCUUUGUCUUGUGUCAAUGUGUUUCUUGGUACUGUAUCAACAUUAGCCACAUUUAUUCUGGAACUUUUAUCCAGAGAUGAUCCAGAUCUAGGGGACAUAAAUAACAUUUUGAAACAAGUGUUCCUGCUUCUGCCUCACUAUUGCUUAGGGCGUGGUCUAAUUGACAUGGCUUCGUACCAGUUACAAGCUGAUGUGUCAGAAAGAUUUGGUAAGCCAUUAGUAUACAGUUUAUUUGAAUGGAAAAUUGUGGGACGUAAUCUAUUUGCACUGGUUUUCUUGGGUUUCUUCUUUAAUCUGCUCAAUUGGUUGAUAGAAUACAAGUUUUUCAUUUCAUGGAAGUUCUUGUCCAAGCAACCAGCAUUAAAAACUAGGUAUGAAGAUGUGGAUGUUGCUAGAGAGAAGCAAAGAGUUUUGUCAGGUGGGGCUGUAAAUGAUGUUUUGAGACUUGAAGGACUUACCAAAGUUUAUUGGAAACCUGGAAAAAAAGGUAAAAUGACAGCAGUUGAUCACUUGUAUGUGGGAGUACCUAAGGGUCAAUGCUUUGGUCUGUUGGGAGUCAAUGGUGCUGGUAAGACAACAACAUUCAAAAUGUUGACUGGGGAUGAAAGUCUUACAUCAGGAGAUGCAUUCAUUAAUGCUCACAGUGUAAGCCAAGAUAUGGUCAAAGUCCGUCAGUUUAUGGGCUACUGCCCUCAAUUUGAUGCCCUUGACCCACUACUGACUGGCCGAGAACAUCUUGAGUUUUAUGCCAGAGUAAGAGGAAUUUCAUCUACAAAUGUCAAAACAGUAGCAGACUGGGCUAUAAAAAGAUUAGGACUUGUGCGCCAUGCUGAUAAAAUCUCUAGCAGCUACAGUGGUGGGAACAAAAGAAAAUUGUCUACUGCUAUAGCUCUCAUUGGAAAUCCACCUAUCAUUUUUUUGGAUGAACCAACAACUGGAAUGGAUCCUGGUGCCAGAAGAUUUUUAUGGAACUGCAUAAAUAACAUAGUAAAAUCUGGCCGCUCUGUCAUUCUAACAUCACAUAGCAUGGAGGAGUGUGAAGCUCUUUGUAACAGACUUGCCAUUAUGGUCAAUGGAACAUUUCAAUGUCUAGGGAGUAUACAACACCUCAAAAAUAGAUUUGGCAAUGGCUACACCAUAAUAUUGCGUGUAAGUGGAGAAAAUCCUGAUGUGAAUUCCAUCAUGCAGUUUAUUUCUUCUAAUUUCCCAUCAGCAAAACUGAGAGAAAAACAUCACAAUAUGCUGCAGUAUCAACUUGGCACUGAAAGUCUGUCUUUAAGUAAACUAUUCGAAGCCAUGGAGAGAGCCAAACAAGAGAACAUGGUAGAAGACUACAGUGUUUCUCAGACCACUUUAGACCAAGUGUUUAUUAACUUUGCAAGGAAACAGACAGAUUUAACUGAUGAAGAGUUGACAGAAAAUAAAAUCAAAGAUGUAGAUGAUCUCAGCAGUGAUUCUGAAGGUGAUAACCUCAGUUCCAUUUUUAAUACAGAUUCAGUAUCAACUGGCCUGCCGUCUGAGUUUGAUGAAGAAAGUUUAUCAGGUAGUACUGCUGCUCUUGUUAAGCCAGAAAGUGCCAGAAGUUCUGCAACUAAUCUUAACAGAAUGGCUGUUCAUAACACAGGAAUCUCAAACAUAUCCAUUUCUUAAGUUUUCCAAAGCUUGUUUUCUAAAAUAAAAUAAACAGUCUUUCAGUACUAUUAUUUUAUCUAACAAUAUUUAUUUUUAUUUUCUGUUAAAAUUUUAAAUAACACUUUUGUUUUGUUGAAACUGUAAAUAAAAUGUUUUUCUAUGUUUAAAUUGUGCAUUGAAAUGGUCCUAGCAAAGAUUUCUUUACAGCUUUAUGUUAAAAUUUUGAAUAUCUCCCUAGAUUUGUUCACAAUUGUUAUAUAAAUAAUAUAAUCUAUGACGAUAACAUAUUUAAAUCAGCACAGUAUCAAUACUUGUUGUGUAAUUUAUAAUUUGAUUUAGUUGACUUUUAUUUACAAAUAGCUGUUGAUGGUUUUUCUUGUUUGAACCAAUUUUUUAAACAGUUAAUUUUAAAUUUAGUUGAAUUUUUUCAUUUUAUCAUUAAAACAAAAAAAAUAUUUCAAUUUAAACAAGAAAACAAUUACAUGAAGUCCUAAUCACUUUUGCUCAUUGUUUUAUGUAGUAGUCAAUGAACUUUUCUAUUUAAGGGGACAUACAUAGCAAAAUAUCUAUAUAUAUAAUUCUCUUCAUGGAGACCAUAGAAAACACCACGCAGCUUAGCCACCACCCUCAUCCCCACCUGUCAGGUGAGCUGUGGUUCACCCCGAAUGUUUACAAUCGUAGAGCUGGGUUAGUGACGGCUAUUAGGGGCAGAUAAUUUAGUAUUAAACAAUUUGAAACGAAGGGAGGUAACAAUUCCUGAUUGAUCUUUUCUUUGUCUAUAAACGGCUGCUUUCACUGGGCGGGAGGGGGGGGGGGGUAGUGUUGAAUUCACAAAUUAGGAAUUGCUGAUAAGCAGAAAAUAAAACAACUAGAUGGCAUCGUAUUCUACUUUGCGGGUCAGCUCAUAUAUAAUUUCCGUAAUUACGCAUUUCUUGCAUUUUAGGAUACUUUGUCAAUUUUUUUAUUAAGAAAAGAAUAAUUUUAAUAAGAAAAUUUUGUUUUAUAUGUUUAAAUUACAAUUUUAUGACACAAUUAAUUAAAAAAUAUUUUUUUCCCUA